GGAGGCACGGAGACAAAUCUCCAUUCCGUGAUCCAAUCUCUCUCCUCGCUCUUCAUCCCUCGGAGGAUUACACCGCCCAAGAUCGCAACUUUCCGCUUCUCCUCCUCCCAUGGCUUAGUGGGUACCCGCCAGAACCGAGAGAAGACGCCGCCCCGAUUCCGUAGCUUGCGAGACGAAGGAAGGAGGAGAAGAUGGCAUCGACCGCCAACGGCAACGCCGCCCAAUCGCUGGCCCGAUCGUCCGACGACGUUACUGUCGACGUCACCCCGCUCCUGGCCCGCUCCGGCAGCUCCCGCGACGACCCCUCGAACUCGAGCCCCGGGCGCCGCCCCGGGGGGGGCCGCCGUGGGGGGCAGGCGCCGGCGGCGGCCAGGGCCUGCGCGAGGCGGCGCGGUUCCUGCGCCGCGCCAGCAGCCGGCGGAUGAUGCGCGAGCCGUCGAUGCUGGUCCGGGAGACCGCGGCGGAGCAGCUCGAGGAGCGGCAGAGCGACUGGGCCUACUCGAAGCCCGUGGUGGUGCUCGACGUGCUCUGGAACUUCGCGUUCGUCGCGGUGGCCGUGGGGGUCCUGAUCGUCAGCCGGGGCGAGAACCCCACGAUGCCGCUGAGGGUUUGGAUCGUGGGGUACGGUUUGCAGUGUGUUCUGCACGUGGCUUGCGUGGUGGACGAGUACAGGAGGAGGCAGCGGCGGUGGCGGUUGCGCCAGCAGUCGCCGCGAUCCGAUAGCUCCCUCGAGGAGGAGAAUUCCGGGGGAUCUCGAGGGGAUUCGUCGAGGGAGUACGUGUCGUUGGCUCAGUUUAGCGAGGAGGGAAGAAGUAGUGUAGCGAAGCAUUUGGAAUCAGCGAACACUAUGUUUUCCUUCAUUUGGUGGAUCAUUGGUUUCUACUGGGUUUCAGCGGGUGGCCAAACUUUAGCACAUGAUGCUCCUCAGCUAUAUUGGCUUUGCAUCAUCUUUUUAGGGUUCGACGUGUUCUUUGUAGUCUUCUGUGUUGCCCUGGCAUGUGUCAUUGGCAUAGCUGUGUGUUGCUGCCUCCCCUGUAUUAUUGCACUUCUUUAUGCUGUGACAGACCAGGAAGGAGCAUCUAAAGAAGAUAUUGAGCAACUGCCCAAGUUCAAAUUCCGGAAAAUUGGUGACAGCGAGAAACAUAUCUCUGAUGUGGAGGGACCUCUUGGAGGCAUGAUGACCGAAUGUGGCACCAAAGAGUCGCCCACUGGACAUUACCUAUCGCAAGAUGAUGCAGAAUGUUGCAUUUGCCUUUCGGCUUACGAUGACGGGGUCGAUCUGAGGGAACUUCCAUGCCGUCAUCAUUUUCAUUGCACCUGUGUAGAUAAAUGGCUAUACAUAAAUGCUACGUGCCCACUCUGCAAGUAUAACAUCUUGAAGAGUACCAACAAUGGUUCGGAGGAAGUGUAGAAGGCCCGAGUGCCUGGCGCAAACUACAUAUUCCUGAACUUCUAGUUCAAGAGAAUUCGAGUCUUGGAGCAUGUUGAAGGACACAAGUUGUGGACUGUCUUUUCCAUCGUCGUGGUUGUAGUAAUAGCAACGUCCCGUGCGGUCUGUCUGUCCUAGUAUAUUUUCCAACCUCUCCUUCUUUGUACAUGUUAAUGUCUGGAUUUUUACCGUGUCUUAUGGUUCAAGAAGCCGUCGACCUUCGCCAUUUUCGAUGAUGGUACGUUUAAAAUAUCAGAUGCUUGUUGUAAAUCCUUUCGGGAGGAUGUGUACUUCCAAUUGGACAAGUUUCCGAAUUAAAGCGUAAAAGUCUGGAGACCACUUGAAACGUGAAAAAUGAGGGGUUGGUUACCUUUC